AACAAGAAACAGGAGCGGAUACCGCAGACAGUGGGCAGUCGUGGAGUGCUAUAUUGUUAAUGAGCCUGCUUUUCCACGCUUGUUCCACGAAGGAUGAGCCAUGCUUCCAUAAGAUCAUGCACCGAAUGUAUUUCUUAAACCUGUGAACAUAGAAGAAAGUUAUUUGCCCUUUUCCCCCAUAAAAGGGAAAAUAAGAAGAGGAUUGUUGGCUUUUAAUGUACAAACCACAAGCCACGACGCCAGUGAUGCUGCUUACUAACUAUUAGUCGUCUUAAAGGAAUGCGUGGAGGAACUGGAAUGCUUCACCCGAGGAUAAGGAAUCCACAGGGAAUUAUCAGCAGAUUUUAGAUAUAGAACUAAUCAUCCUUGUUGCGCUUUUUAAACUGAUGCCGAAGUAAAGUAAAAACACUGAAGUCGUGCACACUUCAAUUAGUUAGAAAUUGCUACUUGAAUUGAGCAGAUUAUAGACAAAUCCGGAUUUUUUGCUUCUUUGUCAGAACUCUUUAGGAUUUAAACGGCUGAAGUUGGAUUUUUUUUCUCUGGUGAUUACCAACAUACUCCUUUUGUUUACAGUCGACGUCAGUUGUACUUGAUAUUUGUGUUUUUUGAAAUGGCAAGUUCUGCCAGCUUGAUACACUGUUCCCAAAGACUAUUUUGGCCUCUCUGGUGCUUCCUUGUGAUUUUUGGUUAUUUAUCCAGCGCAUCACCUUCUCACGGCCGCCGGUUGAUAUGCUGGCAGGCGAUCGCGAAAUGUCAACAAGAGUCGGAGUGUUUCUUUGCGUACGAGCAGUAUCAGUACGCAUGCAUGCCAGUGAUAAGAGGCGGCAGAAAGUGCCCCAGCCACUGCAUUUCGUCCCUCGUCCAGCUCAACAUGACAAAAAAUGGACCCUCCUUGGAGGACUGUGACUGCGCCUCGGAUGUCAUUUGCGAAGACAUGAAGCGUCAGAUCGAGCCCUGCCUGCCAAGGACCAGCAAGGUGGGAUGCACCGACGCACGGCGGCAAUGCGAGAGGGACCCCGAGUGCAACAGGGCUAUAUCCGAUUAUUUAUUACACUGUGGGAAACUUUUCAGUCGCUCGAGGUGCACGGACGCCUGCCGCAUAGUUAUUGAAAAUAUGCGCAGUAUACCCAAAGCGGAAGUUUUGGAUACAUGCGUCUGCGACGGGGAAGAAAGAACUAUUUGCGAGUAUGUUAAAAUCAGCAUGAAAACCCUCUGCUUCGAAACACGGGUCGAAUAUACCAGCAGUGGUUUCUAUUCCGACGAUACCGAAGACGGGGAUUUUCUGGAGGACCCCGUGGAGGAGGAUAGUUCAGGUAGUUUUGUAAGAGCCCACUAUGUUUUGACUAUAGUGGCAUCCAUUUUAGGUCUGCUGUCUCAUCUUUAAACACGGAGUUUAAAAAAAUCUUCCAGGACUUUUUGACUGAUAAAUGGCCCUUAUGAACUGUCGCAGGCGAAAGUACACAAUGAAACUCCAAAGAAUACGGAUUUAGCUCACAAUACACGUAUUUUGAAUCUGAAUUUGCGCUGAAUAUUUCACUUUUUAAUUAGGAUUUCCUAUGCAAUAUGCACAGUUAAGAUACUUGCACUGUUGGAGAUCGCAUAUUUCUGAUCCGGUAGCUUUCAGUGUUUUAAGUUGAAUAACAGUAACUACUGUAAAGGUGAUGUCUGCACCAUUCGGUAUGCUUUCAGUAUAAUUGUCAUUCAGAAAAUGCUUAAAUCUGCUUCUUUUUUUUUACUUUUUAAAUAAUUAUACAUGCAGUUUCCUUUGUUUCAUCAGCACCGAGAAACAAUGAACGCUGCUACCAAACACACAAGUGUCUAAAACUGUUUUCUUAAUGUUGCUUUGAGUGUCAGCAGGUUAAUAAUUAUAUAUCUCCUUAAGGCUGGGGUUAUUAUGGAGGUAAUUUACUUGUGGAGCUGAAAUGUUAAGAAUGCAUGCAGCUGAAAUUAAUUUAUUUAACCGUGUUGAAAUCUCAUUUCACUCUGUGCUCAGUAAAGACUUUAAUAUUCCAGUUAUAAAGGAAAUGCUCGUGGUAUGAAAUUCUUGUUUAAAUUGUACAUUGUAUAAUAUAGAUUUAUUUUGAUUGUGCUAUGAUAAAAUGAUUUAUUCACUGCCCAGAAGUGUCAACAUCCACUGUAUGACCAUAUUAAUUUUGUAUUUGUACAGAAGGUUAUAAAAAGAAAAGAGACUCCUUAAAUAAAUACGUGGAUAUGUG